GCCUUUGUCAUCCCAGAAAGACUUUUGGAAAAUGGAUGUCAAUCUUCCCUGACAAAGCACUUUCAGGUGCCGUCCACGUUGGGAGUCAGCAAAAGUGAAACAAUCAGCUCCCUAAAACACAAGUGGAAAGGUGAAGCCGAAUCCAAAAAGUAUGCUUCAAUCACAAAUGAUCUUCUGUUUACUGAUGCUUCGAUAAGCUAUGCAAUCAGCGCAAGAGUCAUUGGUUGUGCCGGUAACUGCAAACAACUUUUGGGUGGUAAUCACCGUAAUCAGCUUCUUGGCUCGGACGAGUAUGUUGUUGUAAACGAAGACUACGUGUACAUAAGGGUGAUACCCAUCACAAAGCCAAUACUUUCCCUCAAUCGAGCAAUGAUUAAUCAGGAGGCUAAAUUGUUGUACAGUGGGUUGGUUGAAGAUAUCAUGCAAAAGAUGGCAAUUGGAAAAGAGAUGACU